AUGUUACGCAAACAGAAACUCAAGAUAUCAAAUGCCAAAUUAAACGACCGAGGACAGUCUCACGGAACAUCUUCACUGACACUGCCAGUUUAAAACAGGAGCCUGUGGAGAAACACCUCAUUGCCACACCAUGAAUCCCAUUCGUCGCAUAUUUAUCAUUGUCUUCAUAAUGGGAGCUAGUGUUCUGCUAUAUGUAUGUUGGCAUAUGAAAACACAACAAAAUGUUCAAAAGAACAUGGUAAGAAUGUCACACGUGGAAGAUGAAGCUCCCAUGGAUGAUCCUCGUCCACUGCUAAAUCCUGGGAUUAUUUUUCUGGAAACGUCAGACAAUGUGGAGCUGAAGCCAUUGGUGAUGUGCUCAGUGGAGUCUACUGCUCGUCAAAACCCAGAUAAGCCAAUCUAUUUCUUCAUGAAGGGGUUCAGUGGCAACUUGAGCCAAUAUCCAGAGCCGAAGUACAGACUCAUCCCGUUGCUCUCCUCAAUGAAGAAUGUUGUCCUUCUCCCUUUAAACGCUACUCAACUAUUUGAUGAUACUCCAUUGAAAUUCUGGUAUCAAAAGGUAAUCCCAAAAAAAGAAAAGUAUUGGCUCCAUGUGUUUGCUGAUGGCUGUAGAGUUGCAAUGUUGUGGAAGUAUGGGGGCAUCUACCUGGACUCUGACAUUAUAUCUAUGCAGUCUGUGCCAAUUGGCAACUUUACAAGUGUACAGCUCUCAAAUUCUAUCAGUAAUGGUGCAAUGGGUUUCUCUCACAGGCACCAUCCUUUUCUUUGGAAUUGCAUGAAAGAUUUUGUGGCCAACUACAAUUCAUAUAUUUGGGGUCAACAAGGUCCUAAACUGAUUACCCGUGUGCUGAAGAGAUGGUGUCAGAUGGAUAAAGUCAGUGCCUUCAUUGGCAAAGAAUGCAAUGGCAUCUCCUUAUGGAUCAUUGAUCGAUUCUAUGCCAUCUCUUGUCCAGCUUGGAAGAAGUACUAUGUUCCCUGGAAAAUGAAGGACGUGGAGCGUGUAUUUUCUGCUUCGUAUGGAGCGCAUGUCUGGAAUUACAUGAAUUCCAACAAAAAAAAGAACGUUAUUGUUGGAAGUGGAUCAUUAAUUGAAAUUUUUUUCCAGUUAUAUUGUCCAACUACAUACAGGAAUUUAAUUUGAAUAAUAGUUUGGCGAUUUAGGACUUUGUAUUGUGCAAUGAGUGAAAUAAUUAACCCGACAGUCACAAUGUAAAAUAUGCGUAAAACACAUUUGAGGAUUAUUAAAACUUGUGAAACAUUCACUUCACUGUUACACUUAUUUUUUUCUGACAACUUCUUCGGAUCUGGAUACACUCCAAUUCCCAUGUCCAAUUUAAAUUAGAAUCAAACACCAAUUGACACAACAUGUCUCUUCCUGGCACACUCCAUUUUUUCCCACUAACACACUCCAUCUCUCCCACUGACAUAACCUCUCUAUCACUCAC